UUAACAAACUUUGAAAGUAAAUCAAAGCAGGUGGAGGGGGCAGCUAACUACUCUCCCAAAGAGGCACGAGGCAGAGCCUCAAACAAUUGACCAAACCCCACGCUCUCACUAUAAAUGCACGUUUAAGAACUACGCCCCAUCCAUAUUCUCUCUCCGCCCUCUUCCAAACAUUAUUUCUAGCGACAAUCCGAGAGAUGAGUAACGGAGCAGAUGGAAAAGAAGCCCAAGAAAGUCAUACUCAACGUCAAGUUCCCCGGUUGAAUGAGAGAAUCCUUUCAUCUUUGUCAAGGAGAUCAGUUGCUGCACAUCCGUGGCAUGAUCUUGAGAUUGGACCUGGAGCGCCCAAUAUCUUCAACUGUGUGGUUGAGAUUACAAAGGGAAGUAAGGUCAAAUAUGAACUUGACAAAAAAACAGGACUGAUUAAGGUUGAUCGGAUUUUGUAUUCAUCAGUGGUCUACCCUCAUAACUAUGGUUUCAUCCCUCGCACAUUGUGUGAAGACAACGAUCCACUUGAUGUUUUAAUUCUCAUGCAGGAGCCCGUCCUUCCGGGUUGCUUUCUCCGAGCGAGGGCCAUAGGACUUAUGCCUAUGAUUGACCAGGGAGAAAAAGACGAUAAGAUCAUUGCAGUGUGCGCUGAUGAUCCAGAGUAUAAGCACUAUACCGACAUCAAAGAGCUCGCUCCUCAUCGUCUUUCUGAGAUCCGCCAGUUCUUUGAAGACUACAAGAAGAAUGAGAACAAAGAGGUUGCAGUCAACGACUUUUUACCUUCAACAUCUGCUGUUGAAGCCAUCCAGUACUCGAUGGACCUUUAUGCUGAGUACAUUCUGCACACCUUGAGGCGAUAGGCACAGAGCUGUAUUGAAUGAAUAGAAUAAGUCCUUUUGUUUGGUUAUCUGAAGAUGAUAUGAGAAACUCCAUUUAUAACUCGUCAUAAUUUGGAUAAUUUUUAUGCUUCUUAUUUGAUGAACCUAGUUGAGAAGGACUACUGAUAUGGGAAUAUUUUCAUAAUAUGCUUCAAUUGGAAUUGCAUUUUAUUUGAUGAA